AUGCCCCCCAUACAUUCUAUCACACUCUUCCAGCCAAAUCCAGCCAUAACUGACUAUGCUGGCCCUACAGUAAAGCAGUUAAUGAAUAAUUCAGUGCACCAUGCCUUCCAGCACACUGCCAAUAUCCAGCACACUCAUUUGGUAAAUGGAAACCAUGAGGUAGACUAUUUAGUUCUUAAUGGAUCUCAGUUUGCUAAUCUUCAAGGCAAGGCUAGGAACAUUGUGGACUUCAUGCCAAAUAUAGUAGUACAUGUGCACUUUGCUGUGCAAGAUAUAAUUUCCCAAUGCAGAAAUAUAUUAAUACCUGCAUUUGAAUUUCCUAUUGAUGUAAGGCAGAUUUUCUCCCCAAUUCCCCUUGCCUUUGCCCGAUGUCUUAUAACUGGCCCAUUUUUGGAGACUUACAGUGCAAACAUCAAGAACCAUAUGCGCCAGUCAUCUGUUCCCCUCCCUGCUGUCGACUUCAACAACUUCACUUAUAUGUCCCCUGACAAUAUAUUUCAUAUGUCCAGAUUAUCGGACCUGGUGCAGAUUUCAUUUCCUGAAUCUGCUGAAUGCACUGAUAUUCAACUACUACCUCUCAUCAAGAACUCGUUGGGUGAGUUAAUCCCACCGCUAACUUAUGACCUCAAGAUGCCAGAGCAUACCACCUCCAACUUUACCAACUUUCACGAUGAAACCCUGUCCCACCAGACUUUAGAGAGAGAUACAGAAGAGAAGGAUGUAUUGACAACAGACCACUAUGAAAAUAGAAGGAAAAGUGCAUCAGGUGAGCACACCCUCCCUACACCACCUAAGAUACCUGCCAAUGCUUCCACUUCUUUGGAAGAUGCCCUCUUUCACCAAGCCCUGGUUGUGAAGACCUGGCUUAUUGCCCUUACAAACAGCUCCACAGUGUUCGGUUGUGACAGAUGCAAUAAGUAUGGUGCAGACGAUAAAUCAUCUAAUGGUAGGCUUAUCGACAUGAGCAAGCUUUUCUUGUCCUGUGCUGAUGACGAGGAGAGUACCAUGCCCACUCCCAUUGCUAACUGUCCUAACCUGCGCAUUGCCCAAAUGCACUUUGUGCAUAUCUAG